AUGGCCAACUUAAAGACGUACCGGCAGCAGGAAGGGUUUCACGAUCGGAAGUCUGCCAUUCCGUCGACGGACGCUCCUCCGUUGGAGGAGCCGAUUGCUGGCUAUAUAUUUGUGUGCAACAAUGAAACCAUGGAGGAUGACAUAAAACGCGAGCUUUUCGGCUUACCGCAGAAGUAUCACGAAUCGGUUCGGGGGAUUCAACCGGGAAUGCCGCUGUUUCUUUACAACUACACCACGCACCAUUUACACGGCGUCUUCGAGGCAUCAAGCGAAGGUGGCCUGAACCUCGACCCCUCGUUAUCGAAAUUCCCAUCACAAGUUAGGGUUCGCCUGCGGGAGCAACGGUCACCGUUGGACGAGACCAAGUUCCGCCGGUUUCUGUACCACUACGACGGGCCCAAGUUCCGCCUCGAGCUCUCCCUGACCGAGGCCAACAACCUGCUGAGAGUCUUUGGUUUGCUGGAAGGGGGAGAAGGUGAGGGGGAGAAGCAGCAGCAGGGGGACGAGGAGGGCGGGCAGUGGGAGAAGGUCAAGCCUAAGGGGCGGGGGAUGCGCGGAGGCUAUUCCGGCGGCGGGGGCGGGGGGCAUUUCCGCGGGAAGAAGCACGGGCACGCGCAUCAGGGGGCGCACUGGCGCUCCGCGCAGUCCCAAGCGGGGAAUGGCGUGGGGCAUGCUGCGGGGGGCGGAGGGGGAGCAGGGGGAGCAGGAGGAGCGGGCGCAGGGCGUGGGGGAGGCGGAGGCGCAGCAGGAGCAGCAGUUCCGCUGCCUCCACCCGCGCCGAAUGCAGUUGGCGGGAAGGAUGGCGGAGGUCGCGCGGAUUCCGCAGGGCGGUGGCGGCAGGGGGAGGCGGACAGCUGCAGCAAGUCGUCUAGUAGCGGGAGCGGGCUGGUUUCCCCCGAUCUGAGCACCACGGGGGGAAGCAGCAGCGAGGAGCGGUUGUCCGCGGGCGGAGGGGAGCAUGAGGCGGAGUGUAACGGUAACGGGGUUCUCCAUGGGGAGGAUAGGCGGAGCGAAGAGUCCUCCUCUUCCGAGCAAGGCGCGGAAGGGGAGAAAGCGGGGGAGGGGGGCGGAAGCGGGGCGGGAGGUGGUGGAAGCGUGUGGUCGGUGCGCAGUGCUAAUGUCUCGUUCGCGGCGGUUUUGCUGGGAAAGGCGGAGGAAGGCGCUGCUGCUGGGGGGAGUCCUGAAGGCGCGGAGGGCGCAGCGGGAGUGCCCUCAGGGGGAGGCGCGGGGGAGACUGUCGGAGGGGCAGGGGGAGUGGCAGGCGGAGCAGGGGCAGCGGAGGCGAGCAAGGAAGAACCUCGUUCUGACUCAGCAGGCGCUACUGCUAGCACUGACGCGCCUGCUUCUGUGGCAGGAGCACCAGCACCAGCGCCAGGGGAAACCCGCUCGAGUAGCCCUCCAAAAGAGGGGUUCCCUGCGUUCCCGGUGCCGCCCGCUGCGCUGCUGCAAAACGCAGCGGCGCUGCACGGGGAGGUGCUGGCGUAUGCAGAGGAGGUGCGGCCGCCCAGGGAGGCAAGAGUCAGUGCGGAGCAGGCAGUGGCGUGUGUCAGGCGCACGGUGCGGUCCCUGUGGGAAGGAGCCGAUGUUGAGGUGUUUGGUUCAUUUGCCACCGGCCUUGCUCUCGCUCACAGCGAUGUUGACGUGGCAGUGAUCAAUGCACCCCCACCCCCCGCCGACCUACCAGAGCUCGCCAGCCUGUCAGGAGCGCGCAUUAGCGCUCCGCUGAUCCGCCAGCUGGCAGCCGCACUCAAGAAGCAGCCGUGGUGUGAGAGCCUGCACACCAUUGAAACCGCCCGCAUCCCAGUCAUCAAGCUCAAGUGCCGCCCGCUGCCCCCCGCUGCUGCUGCUGAGGGGAACGGUGGCGGUUUGGCGAGAGAGAGCGAAGCAGGAGAGACAAACUGCACAGCGGUAGGUUCGGCGCUGAAGCCAUCUGCUUCGGCGUCGGACCUGGUGGGGCCGAGCGUGCAGGGGGUGGUUCGGAUGGACAUUACCUUCUCCCUGUCGCGGCCCAAGGGCAUGGAGGUGGGGGAUGCGGCCAGCAGGGUGCUGGCGGGGAAGCUGGACGAGGCGGCUGCGGCUCACAACGGGUCGGCCGCCAGGGAGCUCGUGAUUGAGCGGCUCAAGAAAAUGCCCGCCCUCGCACCUCUGGUGCUGCUGAUGAAGUCCUAUCUGCACCACCGGGGUCUCAAGGAUGUCUACACUGGCGGGCUCGGCUCCUUCUCCCUCACCAUGAUGCUCGUCUUUUACCUCGAGAGAGCCCCUGUGGCAUGUGGCAUGGCUCCUCCUCCUCCUCCUGCUCCUGCUGGUCCUGAGGCAGCAGCCAAGUCACCAGAAUGUAAGCCUGCAGAAACCAAGGUUGAGCAAGCCUGUGGCGAUGCUGCUGCUGCUGAUGGCAGUGCUGAUCCUGCUGCUGCUGCUUCAGCGGAAAAUGUGGCUGCUUCAGAUACUGCUGCCACCGCUGCAGCUGCUGCUUCGGGUGGCGACGAUGCCACCACUGCUGCUGCUGCUGCUGCUGGUGAUGGUGCUGCCGGGUCUGCAGAUGCUGAUGCUGCGACUGGCACAGAAGAAAAACAGCCAGCUGCCGAGAAUAGCAGCAGCAGUAGCAGCAGCAAGGCGAGUGAAGUGACUGCAGCGGACGGGCCUGUAAAGGGGGUGGUGGUGGACGACUUGCCAGGCUCGGCGCAGUCCGUACCUGUGCCGAACCUGGGAGUGCUGCUCAUUGGUUUCCUGCACCUGUUUGGUCAGGAGAUUGACCUGUCUCGCGUGCGCCUCAUUCUCAGGGGUCUGAACGGCAUGCCGGGCGGCGUGUUUUGGAGGGACCCAUCCAUGCCGCCGGCUGCUCUUUGGAUUGACGACCCGCUCCGCCCUGGGGCUAACAUCGGCUCAGGCUCGUUUGCCAUGUGGCACGUGCAGGCCGCCAUGCGGGAAAUGCUCCACGUCAUCUCCAAGCCAAUCGCUUCCCCAACCACCACUGCGGCUGCUGCUCCAUCCCCACCAGCUGCUCCCCUUUCACAGUCCCCGCCCAAGUCACCACCCUCUGCUCCUGCUGCUGAUGGCAGUUCAGUAGCAGCAGAGACAACACCCUCCUCAUCACCACUCCCUGCUGCCCCUGCUGCCCCGGGUGCUGCUGCUGAUGAUUCCACCCCUACCAGCGCCACCACUCGUGCUACUGCUCCACAU